GAGACUUGCGCCUGCUUCCCACGCGUUGCCCUCCGCGCGCUCCUGGCCAUCGCCGCCAUUCCCAUGCGCGUGCGUACCGUCGCCCGCUACGCCUAUACCCCCUAGGAUUGGGUCGCUCGCGCUUGUCGCGUACUCGCACGCUGCCGCGCGCCUAUCGCUAUUGCUCCCCGCAUCCCGCGCGUCCUCGCCACUCCCGCGAGUAUCGCGCACGUCCCUCGUCCCCGUGUCGCUCGCGCUGUCGUCUCGUACCAUGCGCGUCGUGCCCAGCGCCCCAGCGUCCCGAUCUUCUACCUCGCGCCCCCGUGCGCCCGCUGCACUGCGCGUCCCAGCCGCCCCC